GCCCCCCCAGGAGUGCACGAACCCCGGAGCCGCCCUCGAUACGGACCGCGCCCGCCGGGCACACAAGAAUGGUCACUCAGAUACUGGGGGCCAUGGAGUCUCAGGUUGGGGGGGGGCCGGCCGGCCCGGCCCUGCCCAACGGGCCACUCCUUGGGACAAAUGGAGCCACUGAUGACAGCAAGACCAACCUCAUCGUCAACUACCUACCCCAGAACAUGACACAGGACGAGUUCAAGAGUCUCUUCGGCAGCAUUGGGGACAUCGAGUCCUGCAAGUUGGUUCGGGAUAAGAUCACAGGGCAGAGCCUGGGCUAUGGGUUUGUGAACUAUUCUGACCCCAAUGAUGCAGACAAAGCCAUCAACACCCUCAAUGGCCUCAAAUUGCAGACAAAGACCAUCAAGGUAUCCUAUGCACGCCCCAGUUCUGCCUCUAUUCGGGAUGCUAACCUGUACGUCAGUGGCCUCCCGAAGACUAUGAGCCAGAAGGAGAUGGAACAGCUCUUCUCCCAGUAUGGUCGCAUCAUCACCUCGAGAAUCCUGCUGGACCAGGCCACAGGUGUCUCUCGGGGUGUGGGAUUCAUCCGCUUUGACAAGAGGAUCGAGGCUGAGGAGGCCAUCAAGGGACUGAAUGGGCAGAAACCACUAGGUGCGGCUGAGCCAAUCACGGUCAAAUUCGCAAACAACCCGAGUCAGAAGACAGGGCAGGCCCUGCUCACCCACCUGUACCAGUCCUCUGCCCGGCGCUACGCGGGUCCUCUACAUCAUCAGACACAGCGUUUCCGGCUGGACAAUUUGCUCAACAUGGCCUAUGGAGUCAAAAGUCCCCUGUCGCUCAUCGCCAGGUUCUCCCCAAUCGCCAUCGAUGGCAUGAGCAGCCUGGCAGGUGUGGGCUUGUCCGGAGGCGCAGCAGGCGCUGGCUGGUGCAUCUUCGUGUACAACCUGUCCCCGGAAGCUGAUGAGAGCGUGCUGUGGCAGCUUUUCGGACCUUUUGGGGCAGUCACCAAUGUCAAGGUCAUCCGGGAUUUCACCACCAACAAGUGCAAGGGCUUCGGCUUCGUCACCAUGACCAACUACGAUGAGGCAGCCAUGGCCAUCGCCAGCCUCAACGGCUACCGCCUGGGUGAGCGCGUGCUGCAGGUGUCCUUCAAGACCAGCAAGCAGCACAAGGCCUGAGCAUUUACCGCCCUCCCUCCCUGGGCAGCAGAGAGAGAAUGAGAGAGGGAGAGAGAGAGGGAGAAAGAGAGAGAAAGAGCGUGAUUGCAAGAGCAGGAAGACCCACACACUUGCAAAAAACACCACAGGGUGAGCAUCGGGAUGGGGAGGGUCUGCAGGGAAUCAAGGGGGAGGGGUCCCCCCCAUCCUCCCUGCUUUCCCCACCCAGCUGGGGCUUGUUCACUCUCUCGUCUUGGUUUGGUUCAUGGUGAUGGCUUUUGUUUCUUUUUUUGGCUAAAAACAAAAAGAAGAAAGCAGAGAGGAGACCCCCCCAUCCCACCUCACCCCUCCACCCUGCAUGGGAUGGCUUAGGGGACACAUCAGUGCCCCACCCAGGCCUCCUUUGUCCAGGCCUGUCCUAUACCGAGAGAAAGGGGAGGGAACAGGUUUAAAAAUCCCCAAAACAGCAAAAAACAUGGAAGAGGGGUGUGGGCAUCCCCAUCCCUGGCCCCAGUCCCUAGGCAGAGUACAGGGAGCAGGGUUGGGGCAGGGUAGGAAGCAGAAAAAAAAAAAAAAAAAAAAAGGGGGGGGGGGGGGGGGGGGGGGAAGAAAAACUCUAUUUUUGUAAAAAGGGAAAAAGACCUCGUGGAGAAUUUUUACUGGGGAUUCUUGAACUUGAAAAAAAAAUCACAAAAAAAGACAAAAAAAAAAAAGAAACUAUUUUGGCAAGUUAUGUUUACCAACUAACUGGGGUGGGGGUGCAGGGAGCAGGGCUGAGGGUUUGAAAGUCCACAGGGCUGCCAGUGCACACACACACACACACACACACACACACACACACACACACACACAAAGACAGGAGGGACAUACACUUGGACUUUGGAGACACAAAUACACAACACAUACAGAAACAUUUCAGGAUACAUUCAGGAAGGGUGACCAAAGCUACAAGAGAAGAGGAGACACACGGGACCCUGGGGCUGUGUAGACAAGGAUACAGACAUUGGUUGCUUGUCCACAAAACCAUGUGAUGUGUGAAAGCCACUGGGACAGACCCAUUUGGAUGUAGGACUCUGCCGCUCGGUUGGUGGACCUGGUUCAGCCCAGCACUGCAGAAACCUGGAGUCUGGUGCACAGCCCUCCUUAAUCUGAGUACUUGAGAGGCGGAGGCAGAAGAUCAGGUCAAGACUAGCCUUGGCUACAUAGGGAAUUUAGGUUAGCCGGGGCUAUAUAAGACCCUGUCUCAAAAAACAAAAACAAACAGGUCACCUAGAAACAUACAACACCUAGGACAUACACCCAUGUCCACAGCAUCCUACAGGUCACCUAGAAACAUACAACACCUAGGACAUACACCCAAGUCUGCAGCAUCCUACAGGUCACCUACAAACAUACAACAUCUAAGACAUACACCCAUGCCCACAGCAUCCUACAGGUCACCUACAAACAUACAACACACCUAAGGACAUACACCCAAGUCCGCAGCAUCCUACAGGCCCAGACAAGACGUUCCUACUGGAGACCCUGACCCAGUUACUUCCUCCAGCCAGGCUGGUCCAGCCACUUCUCCCUGGGCCCCCAAUAAGCCCCAGCCCCAGGUUCUCUGCACAGACUCCUUAGCCCACCAGGGGCCUCCCUGCUGCCCACACAUAUGGCAUCCAUGCAUCCAAACACACAAUACCUCGUUCUACUUUGGCAUCACCGUGGGCUGGAGGGGGCUCUCACUCCCCACAACACUGAGGCCAAAGGACCCCCUGCCCCUGGGACUCAGCCUCCCUGGGUCCAGGGGGAGGUCUGCAGUCUCCUCCCUCAACUAGGGCCAGUGUGCUCCCCACUGCAGCAAGCACCCAGAACACUCCCCAGACCCAGGGGUGUCCCCACACCCCUUCCCAUCAACCUGUCACCUUUUGAUUGUUGGGGGAACCAUGGAUGCAGCCUUCAUGAGCCCCGGCCCUGGCUUCUGACUGAAUUUUGCAUCCAUAACCCCACUCUUUUUAUUCUUUUAUGCAAGUUCCAACAGAAGCCACAGGCUGGAGCCCCUGGGAGCCCCAAACCUUCAACCCACUCCUCAGUGGGCCCAGUCACAACUGAGAAUCGUGAAGCCCCACCCCAUCCCACCCCACCCCACCCUCUAGUUCUAGUUGCUUUCUUCCGGUGUCCUCUGCGUUUGGUGUCUGGCCACGGCCCCAUCUGAGCGUCCAACUCUCUCUCCCCACCCCUCCUGGUGUUGUUCUUAACCGUCUGUGGAAUUUCUGCUGCAAGGAACAAAAAGAAAAAAAAAAUUAAAAAAAGACCAAAAAAUAAAAAACGGAAAAAAAAGAAAAGAAAGAAAACUCAAACAGAAGAUGAAAUAUAGCAACAGGAAAGAAAGGAAAAAAGACAAAAACACACACAAAGACAAUUUAAAAACAAAAAAAAAAAAGGAAAAAAAGAUAAACUGUCACCAGUUAACUUUCUCGUACUUUUUUGCUGAAUUUAGCUUCAUGUAGUUUUAACUUAUUGCUAUGUUAACUAUUUAUUACCCUUGUUGGCCUGUAAGGACCUUUGUGUAUAUUUCUGUUCUUUCAUUGGUUUGCAAGUUGAAGGAAGAUGUCCCUUUUCUUUCAGUUUUGCUGAGAUGUGGUUAUGCCUAAUUUAUUUAUAAAAAGGGGAAGUGGAGUCAUUAAAGUAAUAAUUAUUAAUAACAGUAAUGGUAGCGGAGUGCCCCCCCGGGGGUGCCGUGGGCUCCGAGGGGUGGGGUCCCCACAGCUAUCGGCGCCCAGGGCCUCUCAAUGGGAUUGUUUUGCUAUUGUCUUGAGAGGUUUUUCUGUCUAUUUAGCUGGUGAACUCUAGCUUGCUCAUGAUACACCGAACCUAUUUAUUCUGGUGGUUUCUAAGUCUGCCCUAAUCCUCCCCCAUCCCUCCCAGCAGGACAGGGACUCCCCACCUCCAGGAGGGUGCAACCCCUUCUUUUCCUGCUGUUUCUGGGGUCUCCCCCUGCCCUCCACACAUGCUGGAGGCAUCCGAGCAAUAAGGGCUGGGUUUGUCCCCCACCCUGGGGGGAGGGCCGGCUCUGAAGAGGGGGCUUCUCCCCCCACCCCCUCCCACCAAGGCCUAGGUCCCUGCUGUCCCCAAGACUGGGAGGAGGGGACUUUUUUUCUAAGAUACAAGCUUAGCCCAGCUAGGCCCCCUCCCUGAAGGCCAGUCCCCCAGGAGGGCCAGGCCAAGGGCUCCCAGAGAGAGGAGCCCUUGGGUCUUCCAAAAUCCCUGGGGGUCACGGGCAGGGCCAGUGGGAAUGGGGCUCAGCCCCUCCAACCCUUCCUUCAUCCUGUUUAUUGGGAAAGUUUCAAACCAUAACAGAGUCCAUGUUGGAGGUGAUAUAAAGAACUGUAGAAAAAAAAAAAAACAAACCUCAACCCAAACCCACAAACACUUCAAGUUGCGUUUAGACUAUUUAUUACCGAGAUUCCAGGCCUGGCCGCGGUAACUGACUUUUACAUGGAAUUGUUUAAUUAUUUGUACUUUUCAUGCCAGAAAAUAAAAAGUUCAGAAUCUUAA